AGACACUCCGAUGUAUCGCAGCCCGGGAAAGAAGGGGUUUCGCGGGCCGCGCCACGAUAUAGGUGCUAACAAUAGAUGCCCGCAACCAUGGGGAUAGCUCCCACAGCCCCAUCAUGACCUAUGAAGCAAUGAGUGCUGACAUCCAUCUCUUUCUGAACCAGCUGCAUCUCAAUAGGUGUGUCUUAAUUGGCCACAGCAUGGGCGGCAAGACAGCUAUGGUAUUCGCGUUACAAUGGCCAGAAUUGGUGGAGCGCUUAGUGUGUGUUGACAUCAGUCCUAGCCAAACAAAAGAUAUCAGUGGCUUUCAGAAUUACAUCGCUGCCAUGAAAGCAGUGGAUAUCCCUAGAGGUAUUCCUCGUUCCACUGCACGCCGUAUGGCCGAAGAACAACUGCGCCCAACUAUUCAGGAGCCAACCAUCCUCUAUUUUCUACUUACCAACCUAGUGAAUGCUGAGGACCAGUUUGUAUGGCGUGUAAAUCUAAAGGCCAUUUCACAGCAUCUGAAUGACAUCAUGAGUUUUCCUGACUUCCAGACAUCUUAUCUGGGGCCUACUCUCUUUCUUGGGGGUUCCAAAUCUGGCUAUAUUAGUUCCAGUAACUACCCUGAGAUCAAACGGCUCUUUCCUGAGGCUGAAAUCCAGCAUAUUCCUGAUGCAGGGCACUGGGUUCAUGCAGAUCAACCCCAAGAAUUCAUCACUGCCAUUUGCAAUUUCAUUGCACUCCAUCCACGCUAGAAUUUCUGAACAGAUCCACACAAACUAUCCUAUCAAGAACAGAAUAGAACAACAGAGUUGGAAGGGACCUUGGAGGUCUUCUAAUCCAACCCCCUGCCUAGGCAGGAAAACCUAUACCACUUCAGACAAAUGGUUAUCCAACAUCUUUUUAAAAACUUCCAGGUUGGAGCAUUCACAACUUCAAGAUUGGAAGUUUUCUCAUUGGACUUACUGUUGUACGUGACUCAUGGUCUGAUUUCAAAAGCUCCAUGCGAGUGAUCCAUUCAGAGUAUCGGUCAAAUUGUCAGUCCUUCCCUAGUGAUUUGCUGCUUGGAAGAGUUAGAAGUUGGAGUUAAGAGAAUGAGAGAAAAGAGAGAUGUUAGAGAAAAGGAGUGUCAGAAAGCAAAACAGAGGAGUCUUACUCACUUU